CGGAGCCGCGAGUGAGCCGAUAGGGAAACUGGGCAUGCUCUGUGGCGGCGCAGGUUUUGGUCACAAGUAGGAAGAAGCCAGUGCACGACACCGGUAAAGAGAAGCCAGAGCCGCUGCCGCACCGUAGCUGUGGGGUCCGUCGCCGCCGCCUCGGAGCAGGAGCGGGGCGGGAGCCGGAGCGGGCGACGGGCGAGGCCGCCGGGCCGAGAGCCGCCCAGCCUGCCCUCCCGUCCUCUGACUCUGUGUCCGCGCGGCGCGCCGGACCCCUGAGUCGGUCACCUGGGCGGCAAGGACCCCGCGCAGGGGAGCGGAGCGGACCCUCCCUCCGCCGGCUGCGGCCCGAGGGCGCCCCCGCGGGGCGGAGCUGCCGCUGCUGCCGCCGCUUUCUGCGGACAGCUGAGUGUCCGGCUCGCGCCCAGCGCCCUGAGCGAGCGGUCGCCGUCAGCCCCGAGGAGGAGGAGGAGGGGGCAGCCAUGGGGCUGCUGUCCCAGGGCUCGCCGCUGAGCUGGGAGGAGACCAAGCGCCACGCCGACCACGUGCGGCGGCACGGGAUUCUCCAGUUCCUGCACAUCUACCACGCCGUCAAGGACCGGCACAAGGACGUGCUCAAGUGGGGCGACGAGGUGGAAUACAUGUUGGUGUCUUUUGAUCAUGAAAAUAAAAAAGUCCGAUUGGUCCUGUCUGGAGAGGAAGUUCUUGAAACUCUACAAGAAAAGGGGGAAAGGACAAACCCAAACCAUCCUACCCUGUGGAGACCAGAGUAUGGCAGUUACAUGAUUGAAGGCACACCUGGCCAGCCGUACGGAGGAACGAUGUCCGAGUUCAACACAGUCGAAGACAACAUGAGGAAACGCCGGAAGGAAGCAACUUCUUUAUUAGGAGAAAACCAGGCUCUCUGCACAAUAACUUCAUUUCCCAGAUUAGGCUGUCCUGGGUUCACACUGCCAGAGUUCAAACCCAAUCCGGUUGAAGGAGGAGCUUCCAAGUCCCUCUUCUUUCCUGAUGAAGCCAUAAAUAAGCACCCCCGCUUCAGUACCCUAACACGAAAUAUCCGACACAGGAGAGGAGAAAAGGUUGUCAUCAAUGUACCAAUAUUUAAGGACAAGAAUACACCGUCUCCGUUUAUAGAAACAUUUCCUGAGGAUGAGGAGGCGGCCAAGGCUUCUAAGCCUGAUCAUAUUUACAUGGAUGCCAUGGGAUUUGGGAUGGGCAAUUGCUGUCUUCAGGUAACGUUCCAAGCCUGCAGCAUAUCUGAGGCCAGAUACCUUUAUGAUCAGUUGGCCACUAUCUGUCCAAUUGUCAUGGCUUUGAGCGCUGCGUCUCCUUUUUACCGAGGCCAUGUGUCGGACAUUGAUUGUCGCUGGGGAGUGAUUUCCGCAUCUGUAGAUGAUAGAACUCGGGAGGAGAGAGGACUGGAGCCACUGAAGAACAGUAACUAUAGGAUCAGUAAGUCCCGGUACGAUUCGAUAGACAGUUACUUAUCUGAGUGCGGUGAGAAAUACAAUGACAUCGACUUGACAAUAGAUAAGGAAAUCUACGAACAACUCCUGCAGGAAGGCAUCGAUCAUCUCCUGGCCCAGCAUGUUGCUCAUCUCUUCAUUAGAGACCCCCUGACUCUGUUUGAAGAGAAAAUACACUUGGAUGAUGCCAAUGAAUCCGACCAUUUUGAGAAUAUUCAGUCCACAAAUUGGCAGACGAUGCGAUUUAAGCCCCCUCCUCCAAACUCCGAUAUUGGAUGGAGAGUAGAAUUCCGACCCAUGGAGGUUCAGUUAACAGACUUUGAGAACUCUGCCUAUGUGGUGUUUGUGGUGCUGCUUACCAGGGUGAUCCUUUCAUACAAACUGGAUUUUCUCAUUCCACUAUCAAAGGUUGAUGAAAACAUGAAAGUUGCACAGAAACGAGAUGCUGUCUUGCAGGGAAUGUUUUAUUUCAGGAAGGAUAUUUGCAAAGGUGGCAACACUGUGGUGGAUGGCUACGGCAAGGCCCAGAACAGCACGGAACUGGCGGUGGAGGAGUACGCCCUGAUGAGCAUAGACACCAUCAUCAACGGGAAGGAAGGUGUGUUUCCUGGGCUGAUCCCGAUUCUGAACUCUUACCUUGAAAACAUGGAAGUGGAUGUGGACACCAGAUGUAGUAUUCUGAACUACCUGAAGCUGAUUAAGAAGAGGGCGUCUGGAGAACUAAUGACAGUUGCCAGAUGGAUGAGAGAGUUUAUUGCAAACCAUCCUGACUACAAGCAAGACAGUGUUAUAACUGAUGAAAUGAACUAUAGCCUUAUUUUAAAGUGUAACCAAAUUGCAAAUGAAUUAUGUGAAUGCCCAGAGUUACUUGGACCAGCAUUUAGGAAAGUAAAAUAUAGUGGAAGUAAAACUGACUCUUCCAACUAGACCUUCUGCAGAAGGAAAAACACAUGACUGUUUUAUUGAAGAACUGACUGCAGCACCCCUCAGCCCAUGUGUGGUAUGACGACCAAAUCUGGAAUGGCGCUCUCUAUUGGGCCAGUCGGCCAGAGGUGGAUUUAGAGGCUUUCCUUCAGUAGGUGGAUCUAGAGUUUAUACAGUAUACAUGUACAUAGUAAAGUAUUUUUAUGAUUAACAACGUAUUUUAAUAACAUUGUAUCUAAAGUCAUUGUGAACCGGCUUGUACAUUUCUCAGUUCUUACUCUGGAAUACCUACUGUCCGAGCAGUUUUGUAAAUGUAACGUACUGGUAACUGUACUAUACCUGCAUUCCAGAGUUUAAGAUGUUUACUGUAAAUUUUUGGUUUUUUAAAAGACUUUACCUGGGACCUGAUUCACUGAAAUUUAUCACUUUAAAAACAGUUGUUAAUUUUCUUUGAGUCCUCUCCAUUGUUGUAUACGUAAAAUCACUAUUGAAUCCCUUGAAAUGCUUCAAGGGUAACCUUGGGUUUCUGGCACCUUGUCUAUGAUGUUUCUUUUGUAAUUGGAAUAGCUAACAGCUUGGUCACCCUGCCUCAAGCUUUCACCUCUAAAUAAAAUCUAUUGAACUGAAGGCUGUUAUAAAAGGUACUUCUUUGUUUAAAUUUGCUGAUUUAGGCCUUAAGUUUAAAGAGAAGUCUGUAGGAAGAAAGACUAUUCCUUUGAGUUCACCUGUGGUGAUUAGGGGGCUGUGAUUUUUUUAUUUAAAAAAAGGGGCAGAAUUGUUUCUCGUCCUGUACAUACCAAGAGUAAGGUCAGAAAUGGCACCAGCCCUUCUCUUGUGGCUGCUGUUGGUUCUGAUCGCUGCCAUAUAUACAUAUACUUCAAUUUUCAAAUCAAAUGCAGUUGCUGAAGUCUUUGUUUUACUUUUUCUCUAGUUUCCAGUAAACAGAUUGACAUUCUCCUAAAAACCAUUCUAGAUUUUACCUGGGGAAUGUUCCACAUAAUGCUUACCUUCUCUCUGAAAACCACGAAUGAAUCAUGAUGUGCACUAAGUUUUGUGAAUCAGGACCCUCCAUGUUUAAUUGUAAAUAAUUUAAGUUUACAUAAUUGUUGUUAGCGCUUUCUGUUGAAGGUUUUUUUCCCCCCCCGCCAAUUAGUUAGGUCCUAACUAAAUAACUAUGUAUAGUAGAUUAUGCAAACUUUUACAGGCAUAAAUAUUUAAACUGUAAUGCUAAUUUUAACAAACUGUGAUAAAGCUUCAGCUAAGCCUGUUUGUGUAUAAAUACUAGGCUUUGUGCGAUGUUUCAUACAUGUAUUUUGCAGGAUUAAAGAAUGCCUGUUUUUCAUUUGCAGUUUGCUUGUGUAAAUCGGAUUGUAAAAAGGCAGAUGAACUAAAAUGUUUGGUAUGAGGAAAUAAACGAAUGGAAUUAGCA